AUGCCUGACCAUUCACCGGACGCCAGCGGUUCCCGAACCCCAGCCGUCCAACCAAAUACCGAUGACAUGUCCGUAAUCGACGUAAUGAAGAGUCUGGUCCUCGACCCCAAAGGCAUCGUCUUCCUCGGCGACGACGGCGUCCUCCGCUCCAUCGACGGCGAGCGCAAAACCGUUAUCGACGCCCGCGGCCUCAGCCCAGCGCAGAUCAAGGAAUACUUUGAGCCGUUCCAGUCCGAAGCCGGAUGGGGGAUCAAGGCGACCGACGGAAGAGGCGUCUCGCGUAAGUACAUGUUCCACCCUGCCGAGGGCUUGCUCCCGCCCAAGGUGACGCCCGAGGAGAGGGCUGAGACUUUGCGGUACAACGAGCAGCUGAGGAGGGAGGGCGUUACCUGUGAUGUGCCGAAGCCGUCUGGAGGGAAGUGA